AUGGGGCCAAAUCUUUCGUAUACGAGCCAUGUCCAAGACCAAGCAUUGUGUUGGACGCCGAUUACAAGUCUCUUGAGUCUCCUCCCUAUGGACAGAACAUCGUCCUUCAUCUUUCUUCUUGACGGUUCACAUAGUGUCACUGAAACUUGGUUUCCUGCAGCUGUAAGAGAACCAAGUAUUGAUAUGGAGACUCAUGGCCAUGGUGUCUGA